AUGUUUGGUUCUUGUUCUUUAUGGUUUCAUAAGAUCUGUUCCAUAGUUUGUCGGUUAAAUUUAAGGUUUGUGAAGAAAAUUUGGGAUCUUUUUGCGACGGACAUGGGAUCAUCAUCAGGGGCAGCGCCAGAAUUUGAUUAUCUGUUUAAGCUGUUGAUGAUAGGAGAUUCUGGGGUUGGAAAAAGUAGCCUUUUGCUCAGCUUCACGUCUGAUACUUUUGAAGAUCUCUCUCCUACCAUUGGAGUUGAUUUCAAGGUAAAGCAUGUUACUCUUGGAGGGAAAAAAUUGAAGCUUGCGAUUUGGGAUACUGCCGGACAGGAAAGAUUUAGGACUUUGACUAGUUCAUACUAUAGAGGAGCUCAAGGAAUCAUCAUGGUUUAUGAUGUGACAAGGCGAGACACCUUUACGAAUCUUUUGGAUAUUUGGGCUAAAGAAAUUGACCUCUAUUCAACAAAUCAAGAUUGUAUUAAGAUGCUAGUUGGCAACAAAGUCGAUAAGGACAGUGAAAGGGUUGUGAGCAAAAAGGAAGGAGUCGACUUUGCAAGGGAGUAUGGCUGCUUGUUCAUUGAGUGUAGUGCCAAAACUCGAGUAAAUGUGGAACAAUGUUUUGAGGAACUCGUCUUGAAGAUCUUGGAGACACCAAGUCUGUUGGCGGAAGGGUCAGCUGGUGUGAAAAAGAACAUCUUCAAACAGAAACCUCCUGAGUCGGAUGCUGCUAGCGGUUGCUGUUGA